UAUAUUGAAUAAAGUAUAGGGUAUAUCACAUAAUACAAAUAGAUAAGAAAAAGCGCGUAUAUAUUAUACCUACUUUUAUUUAUAGCGUUAACAGGUUUUUAACAAUUAUUCAAACAUCGAACUCAAACUGCCUAAUUAAAAGGCAAUUAUAAAACUACCAGGCCUAUAAAAAGUACGGUGAUGGGUAAAUUAUAAUAAAAAAGCGGAAACCACUUUCUCUUAACGUCAUAUAGUUUGGCUAUUCGGUUACUUUUAUAAAUGUUUCAGUUUUAAAAUAAUAUUAAAAUGUCUAGAACUCUGGUUGUAGUAGGAAAUUUAGCACUUUCAAUACAUUUUAUUUAUUCUCUUAUUUACUCAUCGCAAUUAAAAUAUACCUUAGAUCCUGUUAAUAUUCCUAAAGAAUUUAAAAUAUUGUCCAAAAACGGUCCAUUUUUUUUAACUGUAUGGAAUUUUAUUUUACAAAUAAUUUUCCUGUUCGUGGUAAUUAUAGAUGAAUUGUGCAAUGUAGUCAAAGAUGUAGUCAGCGUUCCUAAAAUACAACACAAGAUCCAGAGAAUCAGACAAUAUAUGUUUUUAUCUUUGAUAUUCCCGUGUUCUCUCAUAGUAAUGACAAUUUUUUGGGGUUUGUAUGCUGUAGACAGAGAACUGAUUUUUCCAAAAAUAAUAGAUACUUUUUAUCCAAAAUGGUUAAACCAUACCAUGCACACAAUUAUAGCAGUUCCUCUAGUACUAGAAUUGGUGUUCCAAAGGUCUAAAAGAAACUACAGGGUGUCCAGAUCAUUUGCUUUGGCUACUUUAACGAUCUUUUUAGCGUUAUAUCAAACUCUGAAUCUCUCAAUAUAUCUGGUCCAAAACGUUUGGCUGUAUCCUAUAUAUCAAACUUUAGACUGGACAGGCCGACUAAUAUUUAUAUUGCUCGUUUUUGGACUUGCCGUUGGAUUUCAACAAACUGGGUUUGCGUUGUUGAAUAAUGAAAAAAGCAAAGGAAGAAAUAAAAAAAAUUAAAUAAUAUAUCGUUCUUAUAUUAAAGUUCACAUUUGUACAAACAUAUAAAACUUAAAAUUAAACUUAUUAUUAU